CAAACUUUGUUAAUAUCUAACCACCCAAGACAACAAACUCAAUACAUCCUUCAUCUCUCUCUUUCUACUGCCAUGGGAUUUUCUCGAAAGGAUCAGCACAGGAUGAGUGCAGAGGAUGGGUUAGCAAAGCUCAACAGAAACACUUCCACGCCAAACCCUAAUUCUUAUAACCCUAAUCUCUCUUCUCUCAAGAACCAUAAUAAUUCUUACAUCUAUCACGGUCCACAAGUUCAUACCGUUAGAGAGUCCAUAACAUCAUCCACCAACGCAACCUUUUUGGUCUACCAGUGUCCAAAUAGUUCAAUCCUCGUAAAACAACCGGGUUUGCAUGGAACUGUAGAAACAGCUCAACGUUUCUGCUCUCUUGCCUAAACCAAAACCAAACAAAGGCAAUAAGGUCAAAGUUCCAAUUUCCGGACUUUUCGGAGUUAAGGAGUGAUGUUAGGAUUAUGGCCAAAAUUGUGGGGCUGUUUUGCGAUUUUUAUUUAUUUAGAUUCAGGUAUGGUGUGAGCGAGUGCAGACCGGCUAAAACUUCACUCUCUUGAGAGUUUGGUUGUAAUAAUGUUACAACAUAAAUUUGUGGGUGUCUGUUUGUUUGUAGCAUGUAAAAGGUACAUAUAUGUAUGUAAUGUAACCUCAUCUUUUAUGUAUGUAUUUUCUAUGUUCAGUAAAUUCUGGUUUA